AUGCUUUUCAGUCUCAAGCCCACCCUUUUACUAGCCCUGGCUCUCACUGCAGUCGCUAGCCCCAUCGCCAACCCAUCGGCCGAUGAGCCUAGUACUCUUGUUACCCGCGCCCGCAAAACAAUCAAAGAUGUUGACUGCGAUGGGAAGAGAUUCACCAUAAAUGAUAUCAAAAACGCCAUCAACCAGUCCAAAAAUGGCGGUGGUGGGAGAUAUCCAUCGGCCUAUGCAAACCACGAAGGCCUCUUUAAUGCUCAAAAUAUGAAAGAGUAUCCGUUGGUCUCGGGUGGGACAUAUACAGGUGGCGCACCGGGAAAGUACCGUGUUAUCAUGAAAGGGAAUGGCGACUAUCUCGGGUCGCUGUAUCAUAUUCCGGGUCUAAGCAAUGGUUUCAAGAAAUGCAGUAAUAUUGAGGACAGUCCUACCACCACAACUACUACGACGACUACUACCAGAGCCACUACCACUGCUACUGUGGAUGCUACUACAAAUAAUAGUGGCAGCAGCUCUGGCAACUCCUCUGGCAACUCCUCUGGCAGCAAAUCUAGCAAGAAGUCUAGCAAGAAGCCCAGUACCAAGACCGGUUCCCACUAG